AGUCAAUUCACAGCAUUGCGAUGACCGUAGACCACGUGGAAUAUCUAUGGUAGAUGUGGAUUACUGCCAUCUACCAAGUUCUCUUUGCUCUUCGGCUCUACCGAUCCACGAGUAUAUAAAUGAGUUAUCAGUCAUCAUGAAAAACCAGGCCAAGUGCGAGCUACUUCUUCGUCUACACCCUAUCAGUUGAGUCGCAUCAACUAUAAGGUUUCACUUGUCCCUUCCCCCUUCUUCUAACCGAAAUAACCAAAGCUUUGACCAUGCCAAGCUUUCCGUCCGUCAAGAAGGCACCAACAGCAGAGGGCUUUGCCUCCAUCUUGGCCAUCGGUAGGGCAAAUCCAGAAAAUUUCAUUGAACAGAGCGCCUACCCAGACUUCUUUUUCCGAGUGACCAAUAGCGAGCACUUGGUCGACCUCAAAAAGAAAUUCCAACGCAUUUGUGACAAGACGGCAAUCAGAAAGCGCCAUUUUGUCUGGAACGAGGAGUUUCUCACUGCAAACCCAUGCUUCAGCACAUUUAUGGACAAAUCUUUAAACGUAAGGCAAGAGGUUGCUAUACGGGAGAUACCAAAGCUGGGCGCGAAGGCGGCCACCAAGGCUAUUGAGGACUGGGGGCAGCCUAAAUCGCGUAUAACUCACCUAAUCUUCUGCACCACGAGCGGCAUGGACUUACCAGGUGCUGAUUACCAGCUCACCCAAAUCCUUGGCCUCAACCCAAAUGUUGAGCGUGUCAUGCUCUAUCAGCAGGGUUGUUUUGCUGGCGGAACCACGCUUCGCCUUGCCAAGUGUCUUGCUGAGAGCCGCAAAGGCGCGCGAGUUCUAGUGGUUUGCGCAGAGACCACCACCGUGUUAUUUCGCGCACCUUCUGAGGAGCAUCAGGAUGACCUUGUGACCCAGGCUUUAUUUGCCGAUGGUGCCUCCGCAGUUAUUGCAGUUAUAGUGGGCGCCGAUCCAGAUGAGGCGGCUGAUGAACGGGCUAGUUUCGUCAUAGUUUCUGCAUCUCAAGUUUUGCUGCCUGACUCAGCGGGUGCUAUUGGAGGCCAUGUAAGUGAGGGAGGCCUGCUUGCCACGCUCCAUAGGGAUGUUCCGCAAAUUGUUUCUAAGAAUGUUGGCAAGUGCUUGGAAGAGGCUUUCACCCCAUUUGGCAUUUCGGACUGGAACUCAAUCUUCUGGGUGCCGCAUCCUGGCGGCCGAGCUAUUCUAGACCAGGUAGAGGAGAGGGUGGGGUUGAAGCCGGAGAAAUUGUCGGUUUCGAGGCAUGUGCUUGCAGAGUACGGUAAUAUGUCGAGCGUCUGCGUGCACUUUGCUCUUGAUGAGAUGCGCAAAAGGUCUGCAAAAGAAGGCAAGGCUACCACAGGGGAGGGCCUUGAGUGGGGUGUAUUGUUUGGGUUCGGGCCAGGCCUCACAGUCGAAACUGUCGUUCUCCAAAGUGUCCCUAUUUAAUACUAAACCUUCAGUGUCAUUGUUGUGUAUGUUUGUUGUUUUGGGCAUGUAAUACGUAUAAGGCUGGCAGCCAUUCUUUAUUUUUCCUUUUCAUUGGUUCAAGGGGAAGAUUUGUUAAAGUUGAACUUUUUCUAAGAAAAUAAAAAAGUAUUAUUAGCCUGAAUUGGAGUUCGGUAUAAUGUAAAGACUGAUGCAAC